AUGGAGGAUCCAAUGGCUGCACCAUCCUUGACUGCAUCGCCGACUACAGUUUUGACAGAAAUUUGCACUCCACAGCUCCAAAUAUCGCAAAGUGAUCACCACGCUGCCACCAACACCACCAGAAUCUCUGAUUCAGCGAAUUGCGACAACGAGGAACUCACGGUUUCCAUUCGAUUGGGUGGAAUCUUGCCAUCAGAUGACGAGGAAGAGGACGUUACGAACGCUCAAUCUUCUAGUGCUGGUCCUGCUUCACCAUUGAGAACGGCAGAAACGGAAAGGAUAAACACACCAGUCGCUGGGAGCACAAUCGAUGCUUCGCUUCGGUCGCAGAUUGACACACUUCAACAGAUUGCCUCUAUGGAAAGCAGAGAAUACCAACAACGUUUGAUGGAAAACUCUAUUGAUACCACAACAAUCCAGGACCGCAGUCUUAUGCAAAUAUGUCAAUCACUCCAUCGAUCUCAUUCCAUCAUUCUCAACCUGAACGAAGAAAAUGACAGUCAAACGCAAGAGAUCUUACGAUUGCAAGCCCAAGAUAUGGAAUCCCAAAACAAGAUUGCUCGAAUGGAAGAGGCUUUGGCAAAACUAGUAGCUCAAAAGCAAAAAUUAAGGAAUAAGAACCGGGCUGAAAAGUCAGUCAAUCGGAGACUGGUCGAACAUCUCCACACUGUCAGCAAUGCUCAACAACAAGAGGAAGAUACAAUUGGGAGACUCUUGCAACACGAGCAAAAUCUGAGGGAAAGAUGCGAUUCCAAUUUUAGCAGCGAUUUUGAAGGUUUUGACACGGAGAGUGUCUACAGUAUGGCAUCGAAUCGAUCCAUGGUGACCAGCGAGCCACCAACGGUCCGGAUUCAUCGAGAACGAAACUUGACUUGGCCCCAUAGUGAUUUUGGGGAUGACGACGAAGUAGAAGAGUCUCUAUAUGUACAAGACAGCACCACUACAGCAAAUGGAAAAGGAGCAGCAAAUCAAAUCAAAGAUGAUAGUAGGAGGACCAGAUCGAGCACCACCUCGCCGGUCAAAAUGACAAAACCAACUAAUCAUUAUGGCAGCAACAGCAGCAACAACAACGAACCAAGCCGCAAAGUCAUCGAAGGAGGAAAAUCAGUCUCGACUGCUGAUAUUUGGAAGGCAUCCAUGCGACCGAGCAGCAAUUCACCGGCGAACUUUUGGAAUAAUAAUACUAGCAGCAUUGGCAGCAAAGAUCACGAUCCUUUGCACAAGGUGGACCGAUCCAAAAUUUUGGAUUUGGGAGAGCAUGACGAUGUUGUGGACGUUCGCAAGAAAAAAGACUACGAGAAACGGCAGCAGUCAGUGAAGCGAGAACAACAGAACAAGAAGAGCGACGUUUUGGAACCAGCCUUUGUGCAUGAUUUCAAGGUCAUGUUUGGAAAGUCGUCGUCGUCGUCGUCACAUGAGAAACGCAAAUCAAGCGGGGAGAAGUUUGAUUUGUUUGACAUGUUCAAAAAGGAUGGCCACGAAACUAGUAGUACUGCUGCUCUAAAUAACAAGAUGGACUCCUCGGCUAGGAAGUUGUUUGAAAAGGAUCAUGAUCAUGACAGCAGUAGGAGGAAAAGCCAGAGCAAGCCCAGCACAAAGAGGGAAUCCAAGACCACUGUAGCCUUGGAUAAUGCCAAACACGAAGCAAAAGAGGCCGCCGACAAGUUUAAGUCUUCAAUGAAGAAUAUGGGGAAAAUGUUCACUUUUAGCACUGACAAAUAA